AGACAUUUCAUUGCUAUUAAGAUAGACCUUCCAAUCCUAAAAUUGUGUGUUUGUUUGUAUUAACAUGUAACUACGCUCUAGUUUGUAGACGGUGUUAUUCCGGUGACAGGGGUGCUCUUGUUGUGUUGUUUCCUGCCCACCUGGCGGACAGACAGUCGGUCCGGAUCCAGGCUGUGCUGGAGGAGGAGGCGGAGGAAGAGAAGGCGGACUUGUCUCUCCGUGUUUUCCCGCAGACCGCGGCCCAGCUGAGGUGACUGGCAGGACUUGUUUACUGGUGGAGAGGCUCGCAGAAAGAGAGACGGAAACGGGGAACCUGAGGGGGAGCGAGCUCCAAACGCAACGGGAAUCCAAGUUUUUCCACUUGCCCCCGUAUUUUUGAGUCUUUUUACUCGGAUUUACCUCCUAUUUUGUGGACUCUCUGACACGGGAUACUCAUUUAGUGUGUUUGUGCCCUUUUUAAAAUUAUCUCCAACUCUACCGCCGACGCCGAAACCUCGUUUGUUUUGAAUUAGCCAGCUAACGUUAGCUACCCCCCCUCCAUCGUUGAGAAGGGAAAAAAAAAGCAUCGGAGCGGCGUGGUGGAGACUUUUCUCACUUCACAGGGCUAAACAAGGACAUUUUUCUGUCUUGUUUUCCUCCACCUCAGUCUUCAAGGUUUCUGAUUAAAAAGGUGACUCGUCUGCUCCGUUUCCCCCCAGUUUGGUGUUUUUUUAUGGGUGUUAUUCGUUUGCGGCGCGGUGGUCAGCGGGGGUGAAGGAGUUCAGAGGAAGGUCGUAGUGUUGGGGAGAGAGAGAGAGAGAGAAGGGGGAAAACUGCACGUUUUUUCUGCUGGGAGUUUCCUGGGAUGUACCUCCAUUGGUCUUAAAACUGGAGAAGACGAGAAGGAAGAAGCUGCAGCGGUGAUCCUGAAGACUUUUAAUUUCAGCUGGAAAAUACUCCCUGUUAUCUCAGUGGAAGAUACACACGACAGUGGACCUAAUUAGGGCACCUCCAAACUAAGGGAUCAUUUAAAAAUUUCCUGUAUUUAUUGGAGCAUCAACAUCAAACAGAUGAACGGGGACUGUCGCCUUCACUUAUGGAAAAUGAUUUUCACUCGCACAUGUCUUACCAGAACCCAAGAUCACAUAAUUUAGUUGUCUCUUUACGCAUAUAUACCAGGGCGCACAUCAAAAACUUGCCUGAGGAGGAAAAAUAACUUGAUAUUUGCUCUAAUAUAAACAUUCCCCCCCUCCUCUGAGGAUUGGAGUUUCAUAAACACCAUCAGAGGGAGAGAGAGCACAACUUCAAUCAAAAUGAGGUGGUUGACGCUGAAACUGCGAGCACAAUUGGUGUUUUUCAUCCUCUGUACCUGUGUUAUAUGCCAGUGUGGGCUAAUAAACGGUGAAAUUUGUCAGAGCAAGAACAUCAGGAACAAUGUAACCAACCUCCGGUCACUGGAGAACUGCACCAUCAUCGAGGGCCACCUGAAGAUCCUGCUCAUGUUUGGGGCCAAGUCCGCCGACUUCCAGGGCCUCAGCUUCCCAAAGCUGCGAGUGGUCACCGACUACGUCCUCCUGUUCAGGGUCUACGGCCUGGAGACCCUCAGCGACCUCUUCCCAAACCUGACGGUGAUCCGUGGCAACAACCUGUUCUUCAACUACGCCCUGGUGAUUUACGAAAUGCUGCAGCUGAAGGAGGUGGGCCUGCACAGCCUCAUGAAUAUCACCCGGGGCGCCGUGAGGAUAGAGAAGAACCCAGACCUGUGCUACCUGGCCACUCUGGACUGGUCCAUGAUCCUGGACUCGGUGGAGGACAACUUCAUCGUGGCCAAUAAGAACGAGCGGGAGUGUGGAGACGUGUGUCCCGGCACGGCACAGGGCCAGACCCUCUGCACCCAGACCACCAUCAACGGCCACUUCAGGGGCAGAUGCUGGUCGCAGACCUAUUGUCAGACAAGUAAGUGCCAGUCUUCUUUUUUUCCCCUCCUUCAUCUGCUCUGUCACCACUUCUGGUACGUCUCUUUUGAACCAGUCUAAUAGAAAGGUCGCGAAAAAUGGGAUGAAACACUCAAACUUAGCAGGUCUGUUUCAUGCCAAUAUCAUGUUGUUUAUGGUGACAUGUUUAGAAACAGUCACUGUAGAAAAUAUGCUCAGAAGUCGACUGGUGUUUUCAUCCCUAACGAUGCGUUUAAUGACGUCCGUAAUGUGGAAGGCAGGAGUUAUGGACACGCCGUGCCUUCCUAUUAGCAUUCAUUGACAGGCUCUGUGUGGGCUGAAUGAGCUGUAAUUAAAGGCUGGUAGGUAAAAAGAGUCAAAUGCAUUGUUGAGUUGGGGAAUAACAGCAAAAUGAAAGGCUAGAAUGAGAGGCGAGGCACGGGGAAAGAGGUGUCAAAACCUACGUGGAUUUGUCAGCUGUAUUCUGUUUGUUUGUGUGAAAAUAUAUGUUUGGUCAGUGCUGGAUCUCCUCUGGAAGUUUAUUGUCUGACAUUUGGCAAAGGAUGAAGUUAAAUGUCAUCUUUUUCUUGGAGAUUACAGCUUGGCUCUUUUUUUUUUAGGAUGUCUGUUUCUCAGUCAAAGAGGUUAAAAAUGACAAGAUUGGCCACAUUUACAUACAUAUAUGUGUGCGUGUGUGCGUGCGUGUGUGUGUGUGUGUGUGUGUGUGUGGAUUCUGCAUGCAUUGUUUGCUCCCUGAUUUGUCAAUGCUUGAUAUCAGGGACACAGUACAGGAAAUGAACUUCUCAUGUAGAAGUAGGAAGAAGAAGGCCAUUAUAAGUCCAGUUUGCAUAGAGGUUCUGUGCAUUCAGGGCCGCUCAGUGCAACGCAUUUCUUAAAAGUUUUCUAAAUGAUGUUUUAAAUAAUAAUCACUUAAAAGGCUACAUGGUUUAAUUAAAAUACAUCUUAAAUAUCAGAGUCAGCAACUCUUGGAAUAUACUUUGAACCCAACGUAAAAACUACCCAACAAAUCAUUCCCAGCAUGACCCAAAUAUAAUAAUACAGUUUGACACCUGGACCUAUUCAUAGCCUGGCAUUAACAGAAAAAAAAAAGAUGAAAGUUGGCUGAUAAGCAAGUGGCUGCACGCGGCGCGUCAGAGGCCGUGUUUGCGAGCCUCCUUUGCUUGGGAUAGGCCCGUUGGAGCAGAUAUGAUGCAGCGCGCUGCAUAAUGCCAUAGUUACACCGUCAAGCCUAGAGCCGAGCGCCAGAGCAGGCGCCGUUUCUAGAACAUGACGCAAUGCUGCCUGCACUGCAGCGAGGGGAGUGUGUGUGAGUUAUUCCUGAUGUAUGUAUAAAUAUGGGCCUGUAGGGGAGAGACGGCUACACUUUCCCAUUAAAAACAAACAACAACAAAAAAAAACAAACAGAUGUUUGUUUUACAUAUUAAAAAUAGGAAAUGUACAUCUUAUUUCCUGUUAAUACAUCACCAGGUAGGAUUUCUUUGUAGGUUUUGAUUAUUUUGUUGCAGCUUUGUAGCCGCGCUCAGUCAGUCGAAUAAAGGAAGCUAUAGGAUGUUUAAUUUAAUUCACUAUUUUUUUUCUUCUUUUUUUUUUUUAGGUUCUGUCACAGUUUACAAACUCGCAUGCACUCAGAAGUGGGUGCAUGGGGAAGAAAUAUUAGACGCAGCAUUAAAGUUUAUAUGCGAGUGGAAACUGUGGUGUUUUUGUGUUUUUACAAGGUUCCCCUUAUGUUAGGUGAAAGCCGGAGGAGGCGGGGGCAUGUACUCCUCUGAUCCUACACUGCUCCUUCUAUACAGGAAAACCACUGUACAAACGUGUGUGAAUGCACUCCUUUGUUUGUGUGUGCGUGUGUCUACGCGUGUGUUUAUACAAUAAGGCUGUAACUCAUCAGCAAUCUAGAGUAUAGAGAUUAAUUAUUAAGUCAUAAAACGAUAGUAAAGUUCAGGCUCUAAACGAGUGUUGCAGCUAAAAAUAAUUAAACAAAGAAUCAAUUUGACAACUUCAGAUACCCACAAGAAAUUUGUCUUUAAACGCACCGCAUAAAGAAAUAAAGGUUAGUUUUAAGCUUUUCUAUUGUAUGUUGCAAUUUUAUGUUAAGCUUAAAAAGAAGUUCUUGUUGUGUGGCUUUUCAUUUGGGGAAAUUUCUAAAUAAAACAGUAGGAGAUUGCAAAACAUGGAAGGAUUAUACAAAGACAAAAAUACUGAAUGGGAGCAAACAAAAAGUCCCUUUCUGCUGCUUUCGGAGUCACACAGGAGCCAGUGCGCAGCUUGCACAACUCAUGCACACAUAAACAUACACAUCAUGUGGAGGACAAAAGCUUUUCAGGCUAAAGUUCACGUUGCCUUUGCCUACGUGCUUUAUUGUGUGCUGUAGCUGUUUUCCAGCACACAAGGUGUCUGCUUCCAAUCCUGGAGGCAAAAUUGGCAGAGGGGAGAUAACUAAUGAACUGCUCGUACCCCUCUCUGAGGCCGACGCAGUCGCUCACGGUGCUCUCAGAUCGUUGCAGAUCCAAACACGACUUCAUGCGUCAUCAGACAGCGCUCUGUGAUCCUCUCGACCAGAGGUGAAUUUAAAUUGGACAGCGGCCAGCUGUAGUGAGCAGGCCCUCAGUGGAAGGUCCAUGUGACUCUGUCAACAUGCACUCUAAAGACGUUUAAUGGGUCAUACGGUCAUGGUGAAAAGUAAGGACACCUCCUUUUAAUUCAAGAUUGUAGUUUAUCUUUAAAAGGACAGAAGAAGAUAAAUAUCCGGGCCUUACUUGGUCUUUAAAAUGAGUGACAACAACCUUAGAAAGUGAAGAAAAAUGAAAAAGUAGUGAUUUAAAAACUUUACUGUUCCAAACAACAUGAAAAGAACAACUAAUAUCCAGGGCUAGCUUUUGUAAUUCUUUUCUUACAGUGGUCCGUAAGUGUUAACAGCUCUAUAGAAACAGAAAUCAUGGAUGUUUAUUCUGAUAUUCAGCAGAGAAAACAGCCAUUUGUUAUUCCUCGUUUACCGCUAAGAGUUCAUUCAUCAUCAGAAUUCAUUUAUUCAUUCUGUUUGUCCAUCCAUCUAUGCAUCCAUUUGUCCAUCUGUCCGUCUUUCAAUUCAUCAGUCCUUUUGUCUGUCCUCCCGUCAAUCCAUUCAUCCAUAUGUCUGCUUGUCCUUCCUGCCAUCUGUCCUACAGCAGCAAACCUGAAAAUGAAUUAUUCAAAAAGGAGGGGAAGCCAGUUAUUUUGAAGGAGCUCAUUACGGUAAAGUGUUGUUGUGUGUUUUGACCUAAUUUCUUUUGUAAAAUGACUCACGAAACAAAGUGAUAUCAUAAUGGGUUGUUGUGCCUUACAACUUAAAGAGGGUUCAGAUGCCACAACAGCCCAGUGCUGGUUGGAGUUCACCUUUCAGCUUGUUGUCAAGCUUUUUCUUCAUGUAAACCCUCUGCAAACGUACAAAACCCACAAUACACACCAAAGGGAGUGUUUCCACUCCCACAGUUCUUAACAAGUCCCUAAAGCACCUCUUUUUUUAGUUCAGGCUUCACUUGUGUUGCCUAUCUCCAUCACCAAGUAAACACAAUUACAUAACACCUGAAAUCCUGACGUAGCAGAGCACACCGGGCAUGUGGGGAGUGGGGGGACCUUGAAGAGGUGAAAUCAUAGUGGGGUAGUGCGGAGGCCCAGAUUUUCUAAAAAAAAAAAAAAAAAAAUAAAUAAACAAAAAAACAGAAAAAUCAAAAGGUAUGAAUACCAAAGCAUGAAGAGAAGUGAAUGUCAGCAAGUCUGCAUUAGGAAAAAAAAAACUUGAGCAUUUCUUAAAAAGCGGUGCCUGCUUCUAAAUGAUCCCAAUAUUCCUCAUGUGCAGUUUGUUCAGAAAUGAAGGCCAUUAAAGGCACUGGUCGCUAACUUUGUGCUAUUAUUUGUGUAGGUCUAUUGCCAGGGUUGUGUCCCAGCAACAGUAACACAACAAAUCUCUCCAAGACAGCCCGCUAAAGAAACACUCUGAAGACGUGAAGGUGAAAUCUUGAACUUGAGAUUUCAAAAGUUUUGCUCCAAAAAAAAAAAAAAAAAAAGUUUUUUCAUGUAACCUCUUAUGAAACGAUAAAGGUUUAUGUAGGGUAUCGCGUGCAACGCGUUUCUCAUGUUGUCUCAGCUGGGAUCUCCGAGCUUCACUGGUGGAAACUUUCGUUGGUGACAUUUCCAUCAGUGUUUGAUUUCUCAUGCUAUCAACCCCUGAACCCCUCGGUGAGGAUAAGACGAGGAGGCCCGGAGGGGACGGCGAGGGUCGGGCUUAGCAAAAAUAAACAGUGCAAAACAAACAUGGCGGGGCAUUUCAAGUGCGGAUCCCAGGUACACACAGAAAAAACACUCACUCACACAAGCCUUUUGCCAGUGUGGCGAUCGGCCAAAGUUAGAGGCGACGGAGGAGUGAAAGAAAGAAAG